UUGAAGGCCACAUAUGUUCCCUCAUUAAACGCACUGUCUCGUUUCUCUAUCAACCUUUUCUCUUCCCCAAAAUUUAUCGAGCUUUUGAUAUUUUCUUUGCUACUUUCUGUUAAUACUCGAAACUAAUAAUCAAAUUCGUAAACAAAGGGAACGUAGUUUUGAAAUUUUCAGAUCACGAUUGUUUGAUUCAGUUAUAAACAAUGUCUUGUUCAUCGUCGUCGGCGUCGGAGGAUGAAGAUGAAGGAUUCGAUUCUUACCGGAAGGGAGGGUACCAUGCCGUGAGAGUCGGCGAUUCAUUUUCCGGUGGCCGAUAUAUCGCUCAACGAAAACUCGGAUGGGGAGAGUUUUCCACCGUUUGGCUCGCUUAUGAUACUCAAUCAUCCGGUUUUGUUGCCUUGAAGAUCCAGAAAAGUGCACCACAAUUUGCUCAAGCAGCUCUUCAUGAAAUUGAAGUCCUUUCUGCGAUUGCCAAUGGUGAUCAAUCUAACAGUAAAUAUGUUGUACGGCUUAUUGACCAUUUUAAGCACACAGGCCCUAAUGGACAGCACAUAUGUAUGGUUUUUGAAUUUCUUGGUGAUAGCUUAUUGCGGCUUAUCAAGCAUAAUCACUAUAAGGGCCUUGAACUGAACAAAGUUAGGGAGAUAUGCAAAUGUGUUUUGACUGGUUUAGAUUAUUUGCAUGGGGGGCUUGGAAUUGUUCAUACAGAUUUGAAACCUGAAAAUAUUCUUUUACUUACCACGAUUAAUGCCACAAAAGAUCCCAUUAGAUCCGGAAUGACUCCCAUACUUGAAAGGCCUGAGGGGAACCCUAAUGGAGGAGUAACAAUGAAUAUCAUUGAGAAAAAGCUAAAGCAAAGGGCAAGAAGAGCAGCAGCUAGGAUAUCAGGAAGACGUUCUUCAAUGGGUGGGGUAGGAGGGACUCCAAAAUCAAAUAGAUCUCUUGAUGGGAUAGACUUGAGGUGCAAGGUUGUGGAUUUUGGAAAUGCAUGCUGGGAGGAUAAGCAAUUUGCACAAGAAAUUCAAACAAGACAGUACAGAUCCCCUGAAGUUAUACUUCAAUCUGGAUAUUCAUUCUCUGCUGACAUGUGGUCUUUGGCUUGUAUAGCAUUUGAGCUUGCUACUGGUGAGAUGAUGUUCACUCCCAAAGGUGGAGAAGGUUUCAGCGAAGAUGAGGAUCAUCUAGCUAUGAAGAUGGAGCUUCUAGGAAAGAUCCCUCGGAAGAUAGCCGUAGGUGGGGCUAGAUCCAAAGAUUACUUUGACAGGCACGGAGAUUUGAAGAGGAUCCGUAGACUGAAAUAUGGUUGUCUAGAUAAAUUACUAGUUAACAAAUAUAGAUUUUCUGAAAGUGAUGCUCAUGAGUUCACGGAAUUUCUCAGUCCUCUUCUUGAUUUUGAGCCAGAGAAACGACCAACUGCUGAGCAGUGCUUGCAACACCCAUGGCUCAACUUUAAAAAUCAAAAGCAAACAGAGGUGAAGAAUGAAUCAGGUGUGGAAAGGGUUAAUAUCGGUAUGAGCAAGCUACAAAUUAAGGUGGGUAAGUGAUGUUGGGAUGAAUAGUCUUGUCACUGCUUAUGUCCCACUCUCCACCUGUAUCAGUGCCACUUGUGAUUUAAUUUUUUGGAUUGUUUUAGUUUCUUAGUAAGAUUUGAUUCAUUCAUUAGUAGUUUUGGAUGAUCAUGAUGGGGAAAUGACUUCCAAAAGAGAAAUUGACCUCACUCCAGAUUCAUGGUUCUAGUGAAGUUGACUGUCAUUGAAGGAAUGAUUCCUUCUUUCCCAUGAUAAAGUAGUUGCCCGUGCUCUUUUGAGGGACCUGAGGAAACAAAGCAAGCUCCACAAUGACUGCUAUAUUGCAUCAUUUGAACUCAGCAUUAUUAUCCACCAAGGCGAGAGACUUUAGCUGCCUGAGAAGGUUUGCUUUUCAAGUCACUCUGGAGAAGUAUUGAGUAGCCAUACGAAAAGGAGAAAAAGGAGGGUUGCUUUUGUAUACUCAACAUUAGAAGGGAACAGCCUCGCUAGUGAUGCAAAAGCUGGAAAAGGAUUUCUAACUCAUGAUGAAGUCCCCUAUGACAAGACAUAAAAUUUUUGUAUACAGGAUUUUGAAAUUUUGUAAGUUGUAUCCAUUUCUUUUAGCUAGCAAUCUAACUU